AGACUGUGCCCUAAAAUGCCAGACUCUAUCAAGAGAUUAUGAAUUGAACGAAUUAAUGCCCAAGUACUGUGGCACAAUGGAUAAGCCAUCAACUCUUCUGGGAGACGUUUCAAAUUGUCUCGAGCGAGGUUUGUCUCCUUACCGUCAUGAGCCGGGUGAUUGCGGCAUGAUCACCGUAUUUAGUGAGGAGAAAUCCGGACUCACCGAUUUGAUCGAGUUUGAAUUGUCAGGCUCUAAUUUGGAUAAGAAGGACAUAUUCUCGCAGAGCGACCCGUUCUUCACCAUCAGUCGCGUCAACGCCGAUGGCAGCGACACGGCGGUCUACCGAAGUGAAUGGAUCAAGGACAACGCCGAUCCAGAUUGGUCUGCCGUCAAGAUCUCGUCCGGGAAGUUGUGCAAUGGAGAUUGGAACCGUCGGCUCAAGUUCGAGAUCUUCGACCAUGACAAUGAUGGGGGUCAUGACUUUAUUGGCGAGUUCUACACCACCCUGGAAGAGAUGUCGGCGGGCGAGGGCUUCCAGAUCCUUCAGUGGGACGUCAUCAACCCUGAUAUGAAACGAGGGAGCAAGCAUCACCGCAAGGACUACAUCAAUUCCGGGACCGUCAUCUUGAAGUCCAUCACGGUCCAACAGGAUACGUCCUUCUUGGAUUACAUUCGGGGUGGACUUCGGCUCCAUUUUGUGGUGGCCGUGGACUUCACCAUGAGUAAUGUCGACCCAUCUCAGCGGGAUUCGUUGCACUUCUGUGACAGGGAUAGACUGGAAAACCCGUACACAAUGGCCAUCAAAGCUGUGGGCGACAUUUUUCAGGACUAUGACUACGAUUCGUCCAAUGAACUCCAUUGUCUGGAGCAGAAGGCCAUUGCUGAAAGCUUUGAAGAUGAAGAUAAACAAUUCAUUGCCUUGGGAUUUGGAGGAUUGUUCCACGGACGUUUGAGUCAUUGUUUCCCAUUGAAUGGAAAUCCACGACGCCCACAAUGCAAAGGAAUUGACGGAGUCAUUCAGGCUUAUUACAAAAGCCUGGCUUCAGUUCCAUUGAGUGAACCAACUUGCUAUGCCCCUUGCAUUGAUUAUGUCAAGUGCAUGGCUGAAGCAAUGCAAGGAGGAAGUGACUAUUGUGUUCUUCUGAUCAUUACGGAUGGUGGAAUUUCGGAUCUGGAGGAGACCAAACGCAUUUUGGUGGAGAACUCUCACUUGCCCAUGUCAAUUAUUCUGGUUGGUCUUGGCAAAGGUGACAUGUCAAGCAUGGACAUAUUGGAUGAUGAUCGCCGGACAAUGAGCUUCAAGGGAGUCAAAGCGGAGAGAGACAUUGUGCAAUUUGUGGAAAUGAACCAGUUUCUCCCAGAGCGGUGCUUGGAUCCAGUCACUUUCCAUUCUGCUAUGGACGGAGCAAAUGCAAAAUAUCACUUGGCUAAGGAUGUGCUAGCGGAGAUUCCUGGCCAAGUAGUGCAGUACAUGCAACGGAAUGGCGUGAAACCAGGCGUGCCUGAUGUGAAUGCGGCGAUGCGGCGAUUGCAAAAUUUUAACUUCAACGAUUAAGACCCUCUAUCCCAGUUUGUUCAUUGUUACCAACCAUCCUUGGCAAUCUUCUCAUUUUUUUAAUAGUGCGUUGAUGCCUCCUUUUCACGUCAACCCUUUUGCAAUCCCACCAUCAAGUAUUAACAUUCUACCCAAAAGUUUGCUUCAGAGUCAAGAUUCCAAAUUUCAGGACCGAGGUGUCAUGUUAGGAUCCAAAUUCCUCCAAGACUCAUUUGGACGCCACGGAGAGACAUCCUGCGGGUGUAAAUACUAAAAUUGUCAAGAAACAAGAACUUACAGCUAAUAUCAGUGAUUAGUUUCUAUCCUUUAAGUUUCCUCUCGCCUUCCUUUAUUACUAUUUGCGUGUUGUGAAGUAUUGUGUGCACAUAGUGCAGUUUUCCAUUUUAUUCGUCUCUAGAAUAAAUUGCUAUCUUCCUCUUU